AUGUUUAGCAGCCUUCGGGGCCAACCCGAGAGCUACGAAAAGAAAGCGAAGUAUAGAUUUGGUCGAACCCUAGGCGCGGGCACAUAUGGUAUCGUGCGCGAAGCAGACAGUCCUAUCGGCAAGGUUGCUAUUAAGAUCAUCCUCAAGAAAAAUGUCAAAGGAAACGAGAGAAUGGUCUGGGACGAGUUGGAUAUGCUUCAACGCCUAAAGCAUCCUCAUAUUGUACGAUUCGUGGAUUGGUUUGAAUCAAGAGACAAAUGGUACAUUGUCACCGAGCUCGCUACAGGCGGUGAACUUUUCGAUCGUAUUUGCGAGCAGGGCAAAUUCACAGAAAAGGAUGCUUCGCAAACUAUUAAACAAGUCCUUGAUGCAGUCGACUACCUUCAUAAUAGAAAUGUAGUCCACCGAGAUCUUAAGCCCGAGAACCUUCUAUAUCUCAGCAAAGCGCCCGAUUCCGACUUGGUCUUGGCCGACUUCGGCAUUGCGAAGAUGCUUGACACCAAGGACGAGGUUCUCACUACAAUGGCGGGGUCUUUCGGUUACGCAGCGCCAGAAGUCAUGUUGAAGAAAGGACACGGAAAACCCGUGGAUAUGUGGUCUUUGGGUGUCAUUACUUACACUCUUCUCUGCGGUUACUCUCCUUUCCGCUCCGAGAAUCUGCAAGAUUUGAUCGACGAGUGCAGCAACGGAAGGGUAGUCUUCCACGAGCGAUAUUGGAGGGAUGUCAGUGAUGAUGCGAAAGAUUUUAUCAUGCACCUCCUACAGUCCGACCCAGAUGAUAGGUGGACUAGUCAGCAAGCUCUCAAGCACCCCUGGCUCAGCGGCGAGAAUGCCUCCGACCACAACUUGUUGCCAGAGAUCAAGGCCUACAUGGCCAAGGCGCGACUACGCCGUGGUGUCGAGAUGGUCAAACUAGCCAACCGAAUCGAGGCGCUCAAGAUCCAAGAAGACGACCCGGAGAACCCCGAUUUCCCCGCCGACCCUGUAGCCGCGGCUGGUAACGCCCAACCUGCCGCAGGUAAAUCCACAUCACCCAAGGCAGAAGCCUCCGGCGAAGGCGGUGGUAAGGGCAGACUCUCACGCGCAGUGAAGGGCGCUAUUUUCCGGGAAGUGGUGUUAGCCAAGGUCCGUGAGAUGAAGGAGCAAGAGCAGACGCUAAAGGUUAAGGAAGAAGUAGAGAAAGAGGCUAGGCGGAAGAGCUUCCACGAGAAUUAA